UUUACAGGUAAAAUUAUUUAAAUAAUGACAUUAAUAAUAAUUAUUUUUUAUUACAUUAUUAUUCCACUAAUCAUUGGACUGAUUGCCCGAUUUAUUUAUCUAAUAUGUAAUCGUGGAGCUGUGAUGAAAAAUAAUAUCCAGUGUGCUAAGACAAUGAUAGUUCUAGGUUCUGGUGGACAUACUACAGAAAUGUUUAAAAUAUUAAAUAAUUUAGAUGUCAAUAAAUAUAAACCUCGAAUUUAUGUUCUUGGACAUACCGAUAAAAUGAGCGAAUCAAAAAUAAAUGAAUUUGAAAGCUGUAACAAUGAUUAUAGAGUUAUUAAAAUUUACCGAAGUCGUCAAGUUGGACAAUCAUAUUUAUCAAGUAUUGUAACGACACUAAUUGCAUUUUUAAAUGCAUUUGUAAUAAUAUUUAAUGAAAAACCAGACUUGAUAUUAUCAAAUGGUCCCGGUACAUGUGUGCCCUUGUGUCUGGUUGCAUUUAUACUUAAAUUAUUUUAUUUAAACAAUACAAUUGUUAUUUUUGUUGAGAGUUUUUGUCGAGUUAAAUCUUUGUCAUUGACUGGAAAAAUUUUAUAUUUUUUUGCUGAUCACGUUAUUUUACAAUGGCCUUUUAUAUGUAAACAAAAUUCCCACGUACAUGUUGUCAACUAAUUUAUUUUAUAUUUUAAUAAAAAAUAAUUAGA